AUGCCCAGACAUCGUCGUACGUCAGCAUCUUUCGACGCCAAGAAUACCAAGCGUUUUGAACAACUCAACACUAAACAUAACCUUAAAUCCCCGUGGCUACGUAGCUCAGCAGAAGCCAAGCCCUUGCGUGCCCUGAUUUUCAUGCUCAUGGAUGACGGCGCCCAGCAAAGAGGCUUAAUUACCGGUUAUCUUUUGAACCAAUGGGAGAUGUUGUAA